UAUAAAUCCUCUGGUUUUUGGCGAUUAUCCGACUGGUAUGAAAGAAGGAAUUCAAAGUCGCAGUUUACAACAAGGAUUUCAGGAAUCGCGUUUGCCAAAAUUCAGCAAAUUACAGCAGAUCACUUUGAGACAAUCUUUUGACUUCAUUGGUGUGAAUAACUAUAUUUCGUUCUAUGUUAGAGCUGACAGGACUCUUUCUCAGAAUCCUAGUUUCACUAAUGAUCGUCAAGCUACUGUAUUCGAGGAUCCCGAAUGGAACACAAACUAUGAAAAAAAAAAUUAAGAUUUACACAACUGGAUUAGGAAAUAUACUCAGACACAUUAGAGACAAUUACAAAAAUCCGGUGUUAUUCAUUUCAGAACAAGGAUACAAUAAUCAAGGAGGUUUGAAUGACACUGAUCGAGUUUUAUAUAUCAAGACCAAAACUUGGCCUGUACAGCGUAAACUUCACUGAUCCGAAGAGGACAAGGACUCCGAAGGAAUCAGCAAAAUUCAUAACCGAAUUUCUGAAAAGUAAAACAUUGACUCUGUCUUAAAAACGUGAUACAAAAAACUGUACCUCACCUGAAUUGGAUAUAGCUCGAAAAAUAAAUAUUGAUGAUAUAUUA